AGCAGACUGUGGAACAGUCUGUCAUGUGGACUCAGCUCCUUAAGCAAAGGAAGAGAGGGAGUUGGAGGAAAUCAUGUUUUCCUUUCCUGUUUUACAGAAGAAUUUCACCGUACUACAUCACACAAUACAGAGAGGAUAGACACCACAUACAGAUCCGGACCAUCACCCAGGAACAACUGCAACAACUGUGGGAAGACAUCUAGUGCCUUCAUGGCACUGCUGAACACAGAGAAAGUUGGGCAGUGAAACCAUCAUCUGGAAAUAGAUCAGGCCAGGAAAGCUUUAACAGAUCAUCAGAUCUGAAAGUGGUCAGUGGUGUGUAUCUUUCGGUCAGAACCAACCUUUCUGAUGAUUUGGCUGUGGGUGAUCAGUGAGGGUGAGGCUGGGAAGAAGUGUCAGUGACUCCAAGUGUGGUGAGAGCUUCAGUCAUUCAUCAAGCCUCAUGAACCACUGACUCAUUCCUACAGAUGGGGGGCUGCUCAAGUAUGAGAAGAGCUCAACAGCUGAUAGGACUUUAUAACACGCAUGUUUUAAUAUUAAUGCAACAGCAGCUUUGUGGAAGAGAAACUUUUUCAUGAGUGAAGUGCAGAACCAAACCUUUACUCAGUGGUCAAUGUUCAUGACUGACCAACGUAUUUGCCCAGGGGAGAAAGCAUUCACGUGCGAGGUGUGUGGCAAGUCAUUCUCACAGUUAGGGAACCUCCACACGCACCAACGCACUCACACAGGGGAGAAACCAUUCACAUGUGAGGUAUGUGACAAAUCAUUUUCGGAGUCAUCAAAACUCCGUGCGCACCAACGCGUUCACACAGGUGAGAAACCAUUUACAUGUGAGGUGUGUGAUAAAUCGUUCUCGCACUCAUCAACCCUCCGCAAACACCGACGUAUUCACACUGGAGAAAAACCAUUCAUGUGCAAGGUAUGUGACAAAUCGUUCUCUCAUUCAUUGACCCUUCGUAUACACCAACGGGUUCACACAGGAGAGAAACCGUUCACGUGUGAGGUGUGUGAUAAAUCAUUCUUGCACUCAUCUAACCUCCGUGCACACCAGCGCAUUCACACAGGGGAGAAACCGUUCCCCUGCGAAGUGUGUGAUAAAUCAUUCUCAGACUCAUCUACUCUCCGUGCACACCAACGUGUUCACACGGGAGAGAAACCAUUCACAUGCGAAGUGUGCAACAAAUUAUUUUCAGACUCAUCAAACCUCCGCAAACAUCAGCGGAUUCACACGGGGGAGAAGCCAUUCGCUUGCAAGGUGUGUGACAAAUCAUUCUCGACUUCAUCCACACUUCGCACACAUCAACGUAUUCACACAGGGGAGAAGCCAUUCAUGUGCGAGAUAUGUGAAAAAUCAUUUUCGCAGUCAUCGAACCUUCGUACACACGAAUGUAUUCAUACAGAAGAGAAACCAUUUACCUGUGAGAUAUGUGAUAAAUCAUUCCCAAGGUCAUCUAAACUCCUGAGACACAGACGGAUGCAUACGGGAGAGAAAUUAUUAACAUGUGACGUGUGCAACAAAUCAUUCUCAGACUCUUCUUCCCUCCGUGUACACCAACGUGUUCACACUGGGGAGAAACCAUUCACAUGUGAAGUGUGUGACCAGUCCUUUACACAGUUAUCAACUCUUCGCUCACAUCGUAGCAUUCACACAGGUGAGAAACCAUUCAUGUGUGAGGUGUGCAGCAAAUCAUUCUCACAUUCAACAACCCUACGUGAACACCACCGUAUUCACACAGGUGAGAAACCGUUCAAGUGUGAGGUGUGUGACAAGUCAUUCUCGAGGUCAUCAUCUCUCCUUGGACACCAACGUGUUCACACUGGGGAGAAACCAUUCACGUGCGAAGUGUGCGACAAAUCAUUUGCGCAGUCAUCCACCCUCCACGCACACCAACGCAUUCACACAGGAGAGAAGCCAUUCAAGUGUGAGGUGUGUGAUAAAUCCUUUUCACAGUUAGGAAGCCUCAUGGUACAUCAGAAGAUCCACACAGGGGAGAAACCUUUCAAGUGCGCAGUUUGUGGUAAAGCUUUUGUGAGAUCGUCAAGCCUCCUGAUACACCAGAUGAUUCACACUGGAGAAAAACCCUUCCGAUGUGAAUUUUGUGAAAUAGCUUUCAUCCAAUUCUCUGAUCUCCUCAGGCACCAGAGAAUUCACACAGGAGAGAAACCCUUUAAAUGUGAGGUUUGUGGCCGAGCCUUUACACAGUCCUCAACACUUGUGAAACAUCAACGCAUUCACACAGAUAGGGAAUCUGUUCUCUUGCAAGACGUGUGACACAUCGUUUUUAGGGUCAUCAAUCCUCCACCUUCAGCAGAAGAUUCAUAUAGGGGAGUAACAGUCUGGUGCAGAGUUUGCAACAAAGCUUUCACCCACUCCUCCAAUUGACUGAAGCAUCAGCAAAUUCACUCUGGUGAGAAACUGUUCAUGUAUGAAAACAUGUGAGUGUUUCCAUACAGUUCAUGGAGCUCCAGGUUCAUCAGUGUGUGUUUGUGAGAAGCUUCAUAUUUGAGGUUUCUGUGUUAACAUCUGACACAGUUGUCAGACCUGCCGGAACAUCACGUGACCCAAACAGGAGACAAACCCUUCCAGUUUGACACGUGUCAGGAUUGUUUCGCUUCCUCCUCUUCUCUCACCAGACACCAACAUCUCCACAUGGACAUGGAACUGGAUCACUGCUUCUGUUGCACUGAGAUCUGUCUGUGUUGUUUCGCCUCCCGUGCUCAUACGGCAAGCUGUCAUUCCAAAGCACUGUCUGUCUCAAACCUCUCUCACAGUCAAUUCAGUAGUUUCAAGAAGGUCAAUUUAACCUUUGAUCUGAUCACUAAACAUACCAAAAGAGGACAUCAAUAUGUAUCGAAGCUCCAGUAUAAACUCAGCAUCCUUUCAGUGCAGUGUCAGGUACAAGUCACUUGCUGACUCUCACUUUGACCAAGAAGACAAUCAGAUACUCAGUGGUUAGAAAAGCUUCUGCUUCUGAUCGACCAGCAGAAGCACCUGGGGGAGGAGCCAUUCUGGGGUAGUAAUGGAGGUGCUUCAAUUAGCCCCAAUGUCUAUGGCGUGUUGAGAUGGAAAAUCAGCCAAGAAUCCCCUUGCUCAUCACUGAGCCUAGCUGGGAAGUUUGGGAGGUCAGAAUGUGUCUCGGCUGUGACAGUCUCCAUUGUCUCACAACAUUCACUUUCUGGCUUUCCAAGUGCUGAAUGGGCACUUGAACAGUGCACUGAAGGCCAGUCAGUGUCCACAGUCUGUCCUCCAGGAGGAAUUAGAGGAAUGUGAGAGGACAGCAGUUUGUAUUUACAUAUCAUUUUAGUGUAGUAAAACAUCCCAAAGUGUUUCAUUGAGAUGUAAUCAAACUAAAAUUAACUCAGAGAUAAAGAAGAGACAUAGAAGAAAUGUCACUGUAUCUCUGGAAGGAUUUCAUCAGCCACAGAAAGUUGGUCAUUCUGGAGAAUGUGUGUCAGAACUUUUCCCUGCUGUGAACAUGAGGGAAGUAUCUGAAUAGUUUUGAAGAUAAAACCAUAAGAGAUAGGAGCAGGAGCAGGCUGUUUCGCUCUUUGAACCUUAUCCACCAUCAAUAGAAUCAUAACCAGUUUGACAUUCCUGACAUCCAUUUUCCUGAUCCUCCCAUAACCUUUGAUUCCCUCACUGAUCUAGAAUUGACUUCAGCCUUAAAUAUAUACAUAGAACAUAGAACAGUACAGCACAGAACAGGCCCUUCAGCCCACAAUGUUGUGCCGACCAUUGAUCCUCAUGUAUGCACCCUCAAAUUUCUGUGACCAGAAAGGGCCAUGCUCCCACAGUUCUCUGUUGCAAAGAGUUCUAAAGACUCACAACCCUCUGAGAGAAAACAAAAAUUCUCAUCUGUCUUAAAUUAGUGCCUCUUUAUUCUGAGACUAUGCUCUCUGGUUCUCGACUCCCCCAUGAGGGAAAAAAAUCCUCUCAGUGCUUACCCUAUCAAGUUCCUUAAGAAUCCUGUAAUUUUCAAUGAGAUCAUCUCGCUCCCUUCUAAACUCCAGUGAAUAGAGUUCCAACCUGUUUAGCCUUUGCUCAUAAGGCAAUCACUCCAUACCAGGGAUCAUUCCAGAGAACCUUCUCUGAAAUGCCUCCAAUGAAAUAAUAUAUUUCCUUAUAAGGGUACCAAAAUUGCUCGUAACAAUCCAGAUGUGGUAUCACCAGCACCUUGGACAGUUACAGUAAUAUUUCCUCACCCUUAUACUCCAAGGCCCUUGAAAUAAGGGCCAACAUUCUGUUAGCAUUCCUGAUUACAUGCUGCACCUGUGUGCUAGCUUUCUGUGUUGCAUGAACAAGUACCCUGAAGUCUCUUGCAGCUUUCUGCAGUUUUCCUCUGUUUAAAUAUUGCUGUUUUUUUCUCCCUUCAAACAAUUUCACAUUUUCCUACAUUAUUCUCCACUUGCCAACCUCUUGCCCACUUUGCUAUUCCAUCAGUAAUGCUGUGAAAGCUGAAUGUAUCCCACUCACAACCUGGCUUCCAUCUAUUUUUGUGUUAUCUGCAAAUUUGGCAAUAGUGCAUUCACUUCCUUUCUGCAAGUAGUUAUUGUAAACAGUUGUGCAAUUGGAGUCCCAGCAACGAGCUUUGUGAAAUGGCUCGCCAACCUGAAAAAACACCCCUUAUCUCCACUCACUGUUUUCUGCCCAUUAGCCAAUUCUGUGUCCAUGCCGUACAUUCAACAGCAUGCCGAGUCUUAUGACCUUUUGUGAUAUACUUGGUUGAAUGCCGUCUGGAAGUCCAAAUACAACACAUUCACUGGUUCCACGCUAUCCACUCUGGCUGAGAUUUCCUCUUAAAAAAGUAAUAAAUUAAUCCGAUAUGAUUCCCCUUUUAUGGAGCCAUGCUGAUUCUGCUUGAUCAGAUUAUGAUUUUCCAAAUGUUCUGCUAAUACUUGUUUAAUAUUUAUUUCUGGCAUUGUUUCAACAAUAGGUGUUAACUCAUUAGCCUAUGAUUAUCCACUUUUUGUCUCCUUCCUUUUUGAAUAGGGGUAUCACAUUGGCAAUCUCAUGGUACUUCUCCAGAAUUCAAGGAUUUUUGGAAAAUUGCAGCCAAAGCAUCCACUAUCUCUUUAGUUACCACUUCCAGGAUCUCAGGAUGCAUCAGGGGCAGUGGAGUUAUCUGCUUUUAACCCUAUUAGUUUGUCUAAUACUGCUUCUCUGGUGAUGGUGAUGAUACUUAAUUCCUCUCCCAUAUUCUUUAGUAUUAAUGGGAUAUUUGAAGUGCUUUUCACUGCAAAGACUGAUGCAAAAUAUAUGUUUAACUCCUUUUGCCAUUUCCUUGUUCCCCAUAACAAUCUCACUAGGUUCAUUUUCAAAGGGGCCCAUGUUCACUUUGACCUCUCUCUUUCUUUUUAUAGUUACUAUUAUCCCUUUCUGGGUUGGAGCUGGGGAAUUCCUUUUUCUUCCCCAGUCCAUAGGAUGAGUGCAUGCAGUCUUGAAGUGAGCAAAAGUCCCCUACUUUGAAGCUUUCAGCUGGAAUACCAUUGCGACUGCAGGUUCUGUUGUUUCUCAUCUGUUUGAUUGCUUAUUGCAGCUUUCCCAUUGAUGGUGACUCAGCCAUGGAUUCUUCCACAGGGCUGUGGGAGAUAGACUGGAGGGUAUCAGCUAUCCCUGUGGAUUCACAGUUGAGGAGUUGUUCAUAAUGUUCUUACCAGUAUUAACAGAUGAUAUUGUCAUUCUUAAGAAGAUAAUCACCAUCUUGUGAAUGAAUGGGAUUUUGUCCAUUUGAUCUUGGCUCUAUGCAGUUCAGAUGAUUUCAAAACUUUUCAGAUAUUAUAACAUCACCAAGAUAUUGAUGGAAUUCUCAAGCAUUGCCUUCCCAUGACAUGCUGUUUAUCUUCAGUACCUGUCUUUGGGUGUCAGCUUUGCAAAUUAUUGAAUUGUUGCCUUUUUGAGUUGUAACGUUCAGUUGUUCUCCCCUGCAAUAAAGGUUGAUUGUUUUCGUUAUCGGAGGUCACAUAUUUCAGAGCCAUGAUCAUCAAGCCAGUCUUGAGUCAUCUUGUGUCACCAGGUUGAUGCCUGUUUCUUUUGUCUCUCUCCCUCCCUCCCUCCAAUAUCUCAAGGAUUUCCACUUCGGAAGCAGGACCGCUUCAAACAUCUUGCACACCUUUGGUCCCUGAAAGCUGCUACUUAUUAACUCUUUCUCAGCCACAUUUCAUGGCUAGAUGGGCCUAGGCUAAAUGGGGCUUAUUGCUGAUUCAUAGAUUCAUACAAUACAGUGGUUUACAGGAUGCAUGAUCCAUUUUUAAUUGGCUGUUAAGGGUGAUGGACAUUGACUGAUGUAACCUCCCACUCUCUCCUGAAUGGUUCCUUCAGUUGUCAGGUAUCUGUGGGUCCAUCCCCUUCAACAGUUCUGUCAUUUUCAUUUUACUAACAUAAAUAUUCUUUGUUUUUUAUUGAAAGGAGAAAGGAAGCAC